AUGGCGACUUAUACGCCCUCCCCCCCUCUACGAACUAAACGCAACUUCAAGGCCCUCGUGCUCCCUGAUGAUCCUAUUAUACCGGCAGGGGGUGAUCCAGUUGCCACAAGACCUGCGCCGGUCCCCGCAGGCAAACGACGGCCACCACCACUCGGUGACGACCAAGCUGUCAAAGGUUUUGUUCUUGAUCCUACAAUACCUGUCGAAAGCCCGGCAACAGGUCGACGCAGUGCAAUACAGGCAACAUUAACAAACACGCUGGCGAAAUUAGACCUGAGGAAGGAUGCACCGCGGCUAGACCUCAAGAACGAGGAUCUGAAGAAGCUUGCGGAUCUCGGUCAAGGAAAUGGAGGAAGCGUGGUGAAAGUAGAGCACAUCCCGACGGGAACUAUCAUGGCAAAGAAGAUCGUCCUAAUUGACGCGAAGUCCUCAGUCCGGAAGCAAAUACUUCGUGAACUACAAAUCAUGCACGAAUGCCACUCAGAGUACAUCAUUUCAUGCUUUGGAUCCUUCCUUGCGGAACCGAAUAUCUGCAUCUGCAUGGAGUUCAUGGACAAGGGUUCAUUUGACGGAAUCUACAGAAAGAUUGGCGCCAUCGACAUUAACGUCGUUUGUCUAGUGGCCCACUCGGUGCUGGAAGGGUUGACGUAUCUGUACGACGUCCAUCGGAUUAUCCAUCGAGACAUCAAACCGUCCAACAUCCUGUUAAACUCAGAAGGCUCGAUCAAGUUGUGCGAUUUCGGUGUGUCGGGCGAACUCAUUAACUCCAUUGCCAAUACUUUCGUCGGAACGUCAAUUUACAUGAGCCCGGAACGUAUCCAAGGUGCCGAGUACUCGGUCAAAUCGGACGUCUGGUCACUCGGCAUCACUCUCGUGGAGCUCGCAACUGGCAGCUUCCCUUUCUGUGAUGUAGAAGACGACGACGACAAUCUCUCCGACCUCGACGAUCAAUACGGUACCACACCAACACACCGCGAUUCUUUCGCGUUCAACAAGAAGAAAGAGAAAAGGCUUAGCAAGCGACGUAGUGAAGGGGCUGAUCUGCAAGGCGAAAUGUCCUUGAGUAUCAUCGAGCUCAUGCAUCAAAUCGUACGAGAACCCGCACCAAGGAUAGGACCCCAAUUUUGCGAGGAAGCACAAGAAUUUGUGGAUGCUUGUCUGGCGAAAGACCCUGAUGAGAGACACAGUCCGAAAACACUCUUGGUAUGA